CCCAUCAUCAAGACUGUUGCAUAGACUGUACAUAAAAAAGUAAUUCGAAACUCGGCUUCAUGACAGCAGUUCACUAACCAAUGGGUGACGUCCAGGUAGGUUGUCUCUUGACUGUUUUGGAGGAGCAAGAAAGAGAGACGGGAAGACAGGAAACGCAAAACGUGUUAAGUUUCGAUACUUCUUUCUACAGGAGACCCUUUAUCACUGUAAUCUGAAGCAGAGAAAUGAAUUAUCUACUACAGAUUAAACUGGAAAUCCCUCCAACAUCAACACAUCCUGUAAUACAGUGUGUAAUGCAAGACGACCUCAAGAGUCUCAAAAAAUUACUGAGGGACAAUGACAUUAAUGGGCUGUUCCCCUGCGCUGAGUUGGGUGAUUAUAUAACCCCACUGAUUGCUGCUGUUGUAUAUCAAAUGAGGGAUAUUUUCAUUUACCUUCUAAAGGAGAAAGGCGAUCCAAAUGCUUUUUCCAAAAAGAAUUUGACACCUUUGCAUUACGUUGGAUGGCACAAUGCACCUGCAAUUUGUGCAAGGAUGUUACUUGAUGCAGACGCUGAUCCAAACGGACAGUUACCACAGGCAGUCACACCUCUGCAAAUGGCCGGCAUUUUGGACAGGGAUGAGGUCGUGAAAGAGCUCCUCUCUGCUGGUGCACCGGUAGACUUGAUCCGUCCGACUAAACCUGAACAUCAUCCUUUCAAUCAUAAAAUAGCUCAGACAAUCUUCAGGUUGGCUUCCAGUGGAGAUGAACUAUGUUCCAAAUUAAGGGAUUUUGUGGAACUGAAAAUGUCUGUGCUAGACGGACAAAAACCAGAAGAAGUGUUUCGAACUUUUGAGAGUCGUAUGCUAUGGUCUGAUCCUCAGACUCAUCUGACCAUGAUUGAAAUGCUCUUUACUGGUACUGGGAAAGAUGAAGAUAAAUACCGCAGAGAAAGCAUCAAAUGGCUGAAAGAAACUGACAAUUUUAACUCCUUCAUUACAGGGCUAGUAAGUCGCCUUCCAAAAAUUCAACACGAAUAUGUACCUUUUCUUAUAAACAGUUUACAUGCAGUCUUUUGCACAAUGGAGCAGAUCCCAGUUGAGCAAGCACUGGUUAUCAUCCCACAACUAUUGGAAAGACUUGGCUACAAAGAGACACCUGAUAUUAAGCUGUUAGAAGCUGUUCAGUCAACACUAUAUGUGAUAACACAGAAAACACAAGUCACAAAUGGCUGGCAUCCCAGUUUUAUUGAGAAGUUGUGCAGGACAGUUGCUCCUUUUGUCAAUGAUCAAUACUCCUCUGACAUCCGAGUCUACACAUAUGGAAUAGUUGGAAACUUGCUGUCUGUUGAACAUGCUGUUAGCAUCUUCACAUCAGCAGGGAUAACGUCAGUGCCAGAGGAGAUACUGGCAUCUGCAUAUAUGACAAUGAAUGCCGAACUGAAAGAAGUGCUCAGACGACUGAAACAUCAUCUGAGCAAACUCAACGAGGAGUGUGAAGGGGCAAGGAAAAAGAAGAAGAAAAAGAAAAAGAAGAAGCCAGAAAAGACCCAUGACCCAAAUGAUGAAGUUUGCAUUGCUUCAUCUGAUCCAGCAGUUCCAGCUGAAGCAUCGGGAACACACAACUGGCUUCCAAUUAGCGAGAGGUGGAGGGAAAAAUUAGAGAGGCUUGUACACUGCUUAAAUACUGAUGAAAGUAAAGUCAUCAGAAUUGGAAGCAUUGCUUACAUCAAUGAUGUUGAGUUUCGCAUAGCGAAAGGGAGCGAUGGUACUGAAGUCUUCUUGGGGCUGAGAGAAAGUGACGGCCAAGAAAUUGCAAUUAAGAGAAUGUCUAAAACCAACUAUCAAGUGCUGAAGAAUGAGGAAGUACUUCUGCGACAUCCAAAGCUGUACAAUAGCUUUGUUGUCAAAUAUGUUGACUUUGCAGAAGAUGAGAACUUUGGAUAUCUUUGUCUUCAACUUUGUGAAUACACCCUGGAAGAACAUAUCAGAAACAAUGAUGGCAUUCUGCAUCCAGAGGAACUUGUCUAUGACGUCCUUGAAAGUCUAAAGGCACUUCAUUGUGAGGAGCCACAAAUUCUCCACCGAGAUCUCAAACCACAAAAUGUUUUGAUCGAUGUGAACGGAAGGGCAAGAUUAGCUGAUUUUGGCAUAAGCAGACGUUUGCCUAAAAACCAAACUACUUAUCGCACACGCAGUGCAGGAACAGAAGGCUGGAUGGCCACAGAGACUUUAAAAGAAGAUGGUGACAUACGAUACAAAUCGAGCACAGAUAUACAGGUAGCAGGAAUGCUGAUUUAUUUCAUCCUCUCCGGUGGACACCAUCCUUUUGGUGGUGAACGCUAUAAGCUUAUGUCAAACAUUCAAGAGGGGAAGUAUACGUUGGACUACGUUCAAGAUGUGGUGGCCAAGGAUCUCAUCGAGAAGAUGAUCGAUAAAGAACCACAGAACAGACCCAGAGUGGAAGAGUGCUUGAGUCAUCCCUUCUUCUGGUCCAGCACAAAGAAAGUAGAGUACUUGAGGAAGGUUGGAAACAAAAAGGAGGUGUCAAACCGACAAAAUGUUAACCAGGAGUUGAUUUCGAUGCUGGAUGAAUGUGCUGAGGAUGUUCUCUACAAUCAGUGGAAAACUAAGUUUUCACCCGACUUGGUGCAGAGGGUGGAUGACAAGAAGAAACCAUACCCUGAAAACAUACUGGGAUUACUCCGCUUCAUGCGAAACCUCCAUGAGCAUCAUCCCGAUGAUGCAGCCAGCGUUGAUCUGACAUCACUGUUUCCUCAUCUCUUUGGAUGCGUUUAUAAAUUCACCAUAAGGCAAGGGUGGAAUUUAGAGAAUCCCCUGAAGGGAAUGUUCACACCCGAAAAGACAGGGGGCGCCAACAGACAUGAAGUGGAACCCAUAAACAAUGACGAGCACGUUGGCCUUGCAGUUCAAGAAUCUGAACACACUUUCACUGAGCCAGCUGCAGAUGCCAAAAGCAGCAUCAUCCGUAUCUAGUCCAGUAGAACUAAACUGGAUAGACUCUGCAUUGAUGAUGAAAUUGCACCAUUCAUAGAGACUAUUUGAACAGGCAGUUUAAAUAAAUGUUAAUCACUGCCUCCUAUAUUUGUAAUAGACUUGUAUUAAAAGUUAAUACAACAAUCCUGUGUACAGGGUACCUAGGUCCCGAACUUUGUAUUUAACUCCAAAAUUUAAAUGGUGCUGUUUUCCUCAGAUUCAGUAUUUUAUAAUGUAUAAUACAGGACAAUAUAUUGAUUUGAUAUUAUUAUACGGAUAAUUUUUUUAUUACUUUAGUUUGAGAGUAGUGAUCAUAUUUCACUAAAGCAUGCAGACUCCUUGAAUUGCAUUCUUACACGUUGAGUUAUAUAAGUCAAGUUUUAAUCAAUAGGAUGAGUUAAGUAGAGUAAAUUGAUUUCAAGGGGCUUUCUUUUCACUUUAGUAUUUUGUAUAUGAUUUUGAUAAAGUUUUUACACUUGACCUUGAGACUUAAAACGGACUAUUCAAUUUUUUCUUGCCACUCUAGAUUCUUAUCAUACAAAGUUUAGUAUUAUAGCGAAGUAAUGUGAUCAGAACAAUCAACGAUGCAUAGUCAGAGAGUACUAAAUCUAUAUUUCUUGAAAAAAAUACUUAAAAAAUAUACAUUACAAAUUUUGUUUUGAGUCAUUUUAGCUUCUUGAGAUUUUAAACUUCAUCUAUCAAACAUGUAAAAAUAUGAUUGUAAGAAAAACGUUUUAUCUUGUUUUGUUGUGUUCAUGUGAUGCUACUGCCCACCCUGCGUGUACCCUUGUGAGAGAGCUUUUGUGGUUGCAAAGGGGAACUCGGCUCCUGAAGAGGAUAACAGAGGACAUAUAAGCUAAAAAAAAAUAGUAAAUGAUGUCCUUUCGAGUCGAAUUUGAAUGUCGGUUUCGGGUAAUAGCUGUUUGUAUUUAUCUUUUCUAUUGUUUUAGGUCUUUUUAAAAACAAACAUGACAUAUUUAGUGCAGAAUUGAAUGGGACUGUUGUGCCUUUUGCAGAACUAUGUGCUUGACCAUGUGCCACUCGGACUGCUCUGUAUUUUAUUUUCAUUCAGACUUUCAGAGAUCUGAGUUUUUAAAAGGAGAAGAGAGGUUGGUGAAUGUAAAAAGCAGCUCCCCUUAAAAUUCAGCUGACAAUCCUGAGGGUAAAAAAUUGACCCAUUUGGAUGUUUUGAUUUGUACAUUCCCCUUUUGUUAACGGUUUUAUACCCAUUAAGAAAGAACCAGAACCAUAGAAAUAUGAUAUUACAAAUAUUGAUUUAUAUUUCUAUUUGGGACAUUUGAGGAUGGAACAGGUUUGGUUGCCACCUACCUCAUGUUCCGGUGGUUAUGUACAGGAUGUUGCCUUCUGGGUUUUAUGGACCCACAGUGCCUCCCGCUUUCCGUGAUUGAAUAUCACACACCUUCGCUUUUUUCUCACAGGGAAUGUAAUGAAUGCACAAGCCUUUAAUUAUCAUAGCUGAGAUAACAGUUGUUAGAGUCUAGUUUAGUGGUAAAGGUUACUGGUUGCUAGAGAUGAUAUUGUAUACAGUAAGAAAAAUAAGUGUCUAUUGGGGGUAAAUUAUUCAGGACUGGAUAUAAUUUAAUACUUUCUUGGACAAAUGUAUAUUAAUAGAAAAUCCCCAGUUAGAUACAUUUUUAGCUCAGAGGAACUUAAAGUGACAAAGUAGACAUGAGGUGUGUUUAGGUGAUGUCAGGGAAAUUCCACCUACUUACAAGUUUGUAAAAAUAGCACCAGUUGUUGGACUGCUAACUUUGUAACCUUUGUUUUAGGCUCCACAUUGCUGAAAUCAGUGGACUCAAACAAAUAAAUACAUUCAUCGAAGGGCAAAUGUGUGUGCCCAAAAAUGAAAGGAAAAUAAAUCGACGGAAACAGAUCCACUUGAGUUGAGAUGUUUUCUGUCCAAAAAAUGAUGUUUGCCAGAUUCUUUAGCAAUGAACCUAACAAAAUCAGAAGUCUAAAAGUACUUAUAAUUUAGUGAAUGGUAUUGCAAUUUAAAAAAAACAACAUAAGGGAAUAUGCAGGCUUUACAACAUGCAGAUUAUUUUCUAUUAUUAAGUUUUAAACGUGUUGAAUGUUAUUCUCAAAAUAUACUGGAAGUUGAAUCAGUUGUGUAUGAAAAUAAAUGUGUAAAUAUA